AGCAAUAUAAUAAAAAAUGUGACAGAAAGUGACACAGAAUGUGAGACAGAAGAUCCGUUGCGAGACACUCGAUUGGUGCGAGCACAUCGUAAUACAAUGCCCGGUACAAACACAAAUUUUAUACGCAAUCCACAAAUAUUGACCCUACUCGUUGCAGACAGACUUGUAUCAUUCUCUAAUUCAUCCGACAACAGUUGGUUUGAUGGUGUUUGCGCCAGAAUUAGUCUCGUCGGUUGAGAUUAACGUUUUAACAAAAACUAACACGAGGAGCAUACGCAAUUACGCAUAUGCAAUUUGCACUCCCAAGACGAGACGAAGGCCAAAAGAGAGGACCAAAGCCACCACUUCAGAUCAGAGUCGGAGCAGAAUGCUUCCCCUUUCCAAUUCCUCGUCACAAGUUAAGGACCGCGGUGUCCAUGGGAAUCCCAAGCGUACUAUUACUGCGUUCGAUUUCAAGAAGGCACUUAAUUUUGUCCGCUCCCAUGUUUCUUUCCACCAAUUCGCAUGGGCCCUCAUUCUUUUUCUCUUGGAAUUUUGUAUCUUCCUAGCCUUCACUGCCACCACUCGUGCUCCCAGUCCUCCCACAGCCGCCGACCGAUUGUCGCCCGUCCGUCGUCCCCAGCUCCAGGGGACGCCGCCGGAACAGGUUAGUCAACAGCCGCUGGUUCCUCCCCAUCAUCCCGAUGACCGAGCACAAUGCAAGUAUGGAAGGGUUUAUGUAUACGACCUUCCUCCAAUUUUCAACAAGAAACUGCUGGAGAAUUGCCAGGAUUUGGACCCCCGGAGAUCCCAGUGCGCGGCGGUGUCCAACGACGGGUUCGGACCAAACGCCACUACGCUCGCCGGCACGGUCCCGCGAGAGCUCGCUCAUACUUGGUACUGGACCGACCUUUUCGCCGGCGAGAUUAUCUUUCACGCUCGGAUUUCCACCUACAGGUGCAGAACCAUGGAGCCAGAAUCGGCUGCGGCAUUCUACGUGCCCUUUUACGCUGGGCUGGCGGUUUCCAAGUAUCUGUUCACAAACUACACUGCGAAAGAGCGCGAUGCUCCGUGCCAGAAUUUGCUCCGGUGGAUCAAGGGCCAACCGCAUUGGAAGAGAUCCAACGGUUCUGAUCAUUUUCUUAUGCUGGGGCGUAGUUCGUGGGAUUUUAGACGGGCCCGCGAUGGAGACUGGGGGACCAGCUUCCUCCUCAUGCCCCUCAUGAGACAAAUGUUCCGCUUAACGAUAGAAAAGAGCCUUGGCGACCCACUGGAAGUCAGCGUGCCCUAUCCCUCCGGAUUCCAUCCCCGGACCACCUCCGAAGUUGGGCAGUGGCAGGAAUUUGUUCGGAGUCGUAAACGGUCGAGCCUCUUCACGUUUGUUGGCGGAAAACGCGGGUAUAUCAAGAACGAUUUCAGGGCUUUGUUGCUGGAUCAGUGUUACGAGGAGUCGGAUUCGUGCAACGCUGUGGACUGUGCCAAGACCCCAUGCUUGGACGGCGCUUCCUCGGUCCUGGAGGCCUUUCUGGACUCGGACUUUUGUCUGCAGCCCAGGGGGGACUCGGUCACCAGGAGGUCCACGUUCGACUGCAUGCUGGCCGGCUCCAUACCCGUUUUUUUCUGGGAGGGAACCAUUGGGGGCCAGUACGAGCUGUACAUGUCUGAUCAAACCGAGUCCUUUUCGGUCUUCAUCCACCGGAAUAAAGUGAGGAACGGGACUUCGAUAAGGAAAGUGUUGGAGGGAUACAGCAGGGAAGACGUCAAGAAGAUGAGGGAGAAAGUGAUUGACAUGAUCCCGAGGAUUUCGUACGCAUUUCCAGCUGCGGAGGGAGGAUUGGGCAAUCUCAAAGAUGCCUUCGACAUAGGCGUGGAGGAAGUGCUGAGAAGAAUAGUCAAAAAUGCCAAUCCAUACGGGUCGGGACCCGUAUCAUGAAUGAGAUCACGUUCCCAGAGUAAGUCGAUGGCUACGGACGACAACGACCCCCGCCGCCCCGGGGGGGGGGGGGUUGGGGGUGCACUCAGCAACUCACGGCUUUAUUUUUUCUGCCAUACAUACUUUGAUUGUUUUGUUCAAUUACUUAUUUUUUUUCUCUUUUUUCAAAGUGAAUUCGUAACCAUUUUAGAAAAGGAUGUAUGAGAGACAUCACACUCGCUUUUAAAUAGCAUGUCAAAUUGUUAUCUUAGGUAGUCUUUAUUGAGUGUAUUUGGAUAGGAGAGGAGAUUACUUGAGAUAUUCUUUGAAAUAGUUACAGUAACGUCACUUUUCGUGAUGCGAUGAAUAUGUAAGAUAAAAAGGUGAUUGAAAUUAAAAAAAAAAAAUGAUACAGCCAAAUAAAUGUUGAUUUGGCGAAACUUAGCUAUACAACUUGCACUUCAAAGUUCAAACACCAUGCUUCAUUCAGGUAGGCCUUGUCUGAAUGGUUUCGCCUCCACUUUAUCUAACAUGUAGUUCACUGAAAAACCUGUCAGGAUAUUUUGGGCUGCGCCCAGCCUCUGCUCUCUCUGCAUACUUCCAUCUGGGCUUUGUCACCAGUUUAGCAACGCGUGCCAUCUUCAAAUGGGAAAGAAGAUUAGAGAUCGAUUGGUCACUCCUGUGAGAAUAUGAAAACAAAAACCUCCCAACUAUGAAUCCUUCCUCGCUUUUUGCCCGUGCCGUUGGUUUCGUGCAUAAAGCUUUGAUGGGAGAUAUGCGGUGGUCUUGAUUUUUGACGUUAACGCCAGUUCAGCUGCUACGCACCUCCAGCGAAAUUCUUCAGUCUGUAUUUGAUUACUACAGAAAGGAAAAUCUAAGCCAGCCAAUAUUGAAAGCAACUGGCUUUAGAAUUUUCAUGUUGUCCAUAUUGUGCAUCGUUCAUUUGACAAGUAAACAAACACAUGACACGGAUUAAUUA